CAUGCGCAGAACCGUUGCCGCCCCUGCCGCCGCCGCUGGCCUCGGCGGGGCUCUAUGGGGAAAACAUGGCUCCUUUCCCCGAGGAGGUGGAUGUUUUCACGGCCCCGCACUGGCGGAUGAAGCAGCUGGUCGGCCUCUACUGCGAUAAGCUUUCAAAGACCAACUUCUCCAAUAACAAUGAUUUCCGGGCUCUUCUGUUAUCACUCUAUGUCACAUUCAAGGAAUUUAAAAUGCAUGAGCAGAUUGAAAAUGAAUACAUCAUUGGCUUACUUCAGCAGCGCAGUCGGACUGUGUAUAACGUGCACUCGGACAACAAGCUCUCAGAGAUGCUUAGUCUUUUUGAGAAAGGUUUGAAAAAUGUAAAAAAUGAAUAUGAACAGUUAAACUAUGAGAAACAGCUAAAAGAAAGGUUGGAAGCCUUUACCAGGGAUUUCCUUCCUCACAUGAAAGAGGAAGAGGAGGUUUUUCAGCCCAUGUUGAUGGAAUAUUUCACUUACGAAGAACUAAAGGAUAUCAAAAAGAAAGUGAUUGCACAGCACUGCUCGCAGAAGGAACCUGCAGAAUUCCUUAGAGGUUUCAGCUUCUGGAAUCAAGCUGGAGAGCUCCAGAAAGUUUUGAAGUAUUCUGUGGAUGAAAAGGCAGAUCAAGAAACUGAAGUGACAGGGCAUACCACAAACAUUACUCAUCUUCCUCCUGAAGUAAUGCUGACCAUUUUCAGUUACCUUAACCCUCAGGAGUUGUGUCAGUGUAGUCAAGUCAGCACCAAAUGGUCCCAACUGGCUAAAACUGGAUCUCUUUGGAAACAUCUCUACCCUGUUCGCUGGGCCAGAGGUGACUGGUACAGUGGUCCCGCAGAUGAUCUUGAGACAGAACCUGAUGAGGAAUGGGUAAAAAAUAGAAAAGAUGAAAGUCGUGCUUUUCAGGAGUGGGAUGAAGAUGCCGAUGUAGAUGAAUCUGAAGAAGCUGCGGAAGAGUCGCUUGCCAUUAACAUAGCACAGAAGGAAAAACAUUUACUUCAUGGCUUAAUUCAUAAUAUUCUCCCGUAUGUGGGCACUUCAGUGAAAUCACUAGUACUGGCCUACAGUUCAGCAAUUUCUAGCAAAAUGGUUAGACAGAUCUUGGAACUGUGUCCUAACUUGGAAUAUUUGGAUUUAACUCAAACUGAUAUUUCAGACUCUGCAUUUGAAAGUUGGUCUUGGGUUGGCUGUUGCCAGAGUCUUCGCCAUCUUGAUCUGUCUGGCUGUGAAAAAAUCACGGAUGUGGCCAUUGAGAGGAUUUCCAGAGCUUUGGGAAUCCUGUCAGCUCACAACAGCAAAGGAGCACCAAAAAUUUGCAGAAACAGGAAUGUGAAGACUGUAUGGCGAAACAAGGACAAUACUAUGCAGUCCAACAAGAAAUAUAGUUGUUUGCGUGACAUAAAUAAUGAAAAUCUUAUCGAGGGAGAAGGUAACGAGCGUAAUUGGAGUAAGCCUGUCAGCUCUGAAGGGUUCAGCUCUGCCUAUGUCUGGAUGUUAGAUUCAGAUGAUCUGGCUGAUAUUGAAGAUGCUGCAGAAUGGCGACGCAGAAAUGUCGAGGGACUUUGUUUGAUGGAACCAGCAUCUAAUCUUAGUUGUCCAGCAUCUUGUUAUAAUAAAGACAUUUUUGGACUAAGGACUACUGUCUGUUGGCAGCAGCAUUGUGCUUCUGCUGCCUUGACAUAUUGCGGACACUCAUUUUGUUGUGCUGGAACGGCACUAAGAACUAUACGAGCACUUCCAGAGCCCUCUGCACUGUGUAAAAAAACAGCAAGGACUAAACAGUCAGAGGGAAAAGACUUGGCAUACUCUGGGUGUGAAAAAUCAGAUGAAGAGACUGCACGAAGUCUUCAGUUCCUCAGUCUGUCUGGAUGUUACCAGAUCACAGAUCGUGGUCUCAGGGUGCUGACUCUGGGAGGAGGACUGCCGCAUUUGGAACACCUUAAUCUCUCGGGUUGUCUUACUGUAACUGGCGCAGGCCUGCAGGAUUUAGUCUCUGCUUGCCCUUCUCUGAAUGACGAACACUUUUACUACUGUGACAACAUUAACGGUCCUCAUGCUGAAACCGCCAGUGGAUGCCAGAACUUGCAGUGUGGUUUUCGGGCCUGCUGCCGCUCUGGCGAAUGACCCCUGACUUCUGAUCUUUCAGUCUACUUCAUUUAGCUGAGCAGGCUUCCUCUCAUGCACUUUACUUCCAGUCCACAUCUUGUGUUAACAAUUCUUUCUGGAGUGCGAUUUGUUAUACUGGUCCCUCCUUCCCCACAGCUUUACAAUCUUGAUCCUGAGUGUCCUGUACAGUGUUGUACUGAUCUCACAGAAUCUCAUUUGGUUUGAAAGGUGGUGGGUUUUAUUUUACUUAAUUUGAGGGAGAUGGGAAAACGCAUCAGAUUUUUUUAAUGCCACUUUUUCCAGGUUUGGCACUUAAAUAUACUUUUAUUGGAUUUUUUAUGUUGAGUGGAACUUAAUCUCUCUCUCUCUGUGUCUCUCUCUCUCUCUCUAACCCACAAUUAGAACAUAAAGCUUUGCAAAUAAUUUGAAAUAUACUUUUUGUUAUUUGGGUAACAAUAUACAUCUUUAGAAGUGUUGUUUCUCCCUCUUUCCUCUGACCCCUAAAGUCCUUCCUUAUGCUGCAAAAUUAGGGAAGGGCCAAUCUUUCCUAUAGCACUGAUUUUUGUAUUUGGGCUUGAAAAAUUAUAUUAAAAUAAAACAUUCCCAUCAACACAACAGGUUUACUUAGCACUCAAAAUCAGUAUAAUUCUAAGGUGUAAUGACACAAUGUACAGUGCUGUAUGACUCCACAAGUCAUUUGUGUAUGUAUGGUAACUCCAGAGCAGCCCCGGGGGAUCUGCACCGUCUCUUCUUAUAAAAUCUGUUAAGAUGCUAAAUUUUGAAAGGGAGUUUCAAAGUGUUAAGUUUUCAACCAUAUGAACAUAUGUACCAAUCAAUAAACAUGUCUUUGAGGACUUAA